ACUCACCUACAACCCGACAGGACACAAACAGACGUGUAUUUGAGUUUUGGACCUACAUGUACAAUCUUAUGGAGUAAUUCUACCUCUGUACAGGUGCAGUGUGUUGCCAUGGCUGCAGUGGUGAAGGCGACCACCAGGGAAAUGACCCAGUCGCUCAUUAACCCAGAUGAUGCUUCAUCUCCAUCCUCUGCGCUCCCAGAAGACUCCCCAAAGCCAUCGCUGGGCCCAAAACCACACCUCAUGCCCAAACCAUUCACCCUGCAAAGAAACCCCACCGUCCGCUCAAUCCGAGCCCCGAAAACCAAUUUCACCAAACGCCUCCAGCGAGCCACGUCUUCGGAAACGCUUCUGGAUUACACCGAGCCUAAAGAAAUCACACCAGACUCAAACGGCACAGUAAACGGGUCAGCUUCUACACCACAAAAAACUGACUUAAAAGAUAAACUAGAAAGCUCUGAGAGCAAAAAAGCAGAUAAAGAUGUGCAGGAAGUUCAACUUAGAAGCAGAGCAAAAUCAUUGAGCUCUCAAGAUGUGACGUUAAACAAACAGAAAACGCACGAUGGCGAGUCUGAAACGGAUGUUAAAGGGUCUCAAAGAUGCUGGCCGGCCCGAAAUCGUCUCUCUGUCCAUCUGACGUCCAAAUUCGAGUCACCUGAGACUGCUAUAAAAAAAGAUGCCGAAAUCAACAAGGCACCACUUUCUCCACCUGCAGGGUUAGAGUCCAAACCUGCAGUGGAUAAAAACGAAUUGUUAGAUGAGGAGAUGAGCGGAGGCAGCAUUAAACGAAGGAUCAGCCUCCUGUUUGACCGCUCGGCAGCGUCUCAGCGCCGGGACGCCGUCAACAGAAGAGACGUCACUCCUGCUGAAAUAUCUGUUGACGUUAAACAAAGAAUCCAGAAUCUGAGCUUGGACUCACCAAGGACGCGCUUGCCAUCCUCUGGAGCUCCUAAAAGUCCAACAUCUGAGAAGAACCAAAGCUCCUCAGAUGAGCCGCUGAAUGAGAGAUCAUCAGAAAAAACAGAAACAGAGCCAGAUAUAAAACCAUCAAGAACCACAGAAAAUAACUCUGCUGCCAUUGUGGAGAAUAGAGAAGAAAAUGAUGAUGAGGAGGAGGAUGAUGAUGGAGAAGAAGAUAAGGAGAACUCUGUCAUUAUGCCUGUUUACAGAAGAGUUGGGUUAAGCUUAGAUGCAGAGAAGAAGCGAAAGGAAGAAGAAGAAAAACUAAGAAAAGAUGAGCAGUUAGAGAAGGAAAGAAAGCAACGGGAAAAGGAGGAAGAGAGAAAGCAAGAAGAGAAAAGACAAAGGCAGAUAGAAGAAACAAGAAAGCAAGAGGAAGAACUAAAGAGGAAAUUGGAAGAAGAAAGAAGACAGGCUGAAAAAGAAAUAGAGAGACAGAAAGAGGAGGAAAGAGUGAGAAUGGAGAAACAACAGAAGGAAAGAGAACUGGAAGAAAAGAGACGAAGAAUUCAGGAGAUGGAGAGACAGAGAGAAGAAGAAAGACAGAGACAGGAACGAGAAAAAGAAGAGAGGUUGAAGAAAGAGAGAGAAAUGGAGGAGAGGAAACAAAUUGAGGAGGAACGGCUGCGACAAGAGGAGCGAUUGAGACAGGAACGAGAAAAAGAGAGGGUAAAGAAGGAAAAGGAGAUGGAAGAAGAGAGACAACGGGUUCAAGAGCUGGAGAGACAGAAAGAGGAGGAGAGACGGAGGAAAGAAGAAGAAAUGGAGAGAAUAAGGAAAGAAAAAGAAAUUGAAGAAGAAAGACGAAGAAUUCAAGAGUUGGAGAGACAGAUGGAAGAAGAAAGAUUGAGAAAAGAACAAGAAAUGGAGAGAAUAAGGAAAGAAAAGGAAAUGGAGAAAGAAAGACAAAGGAUUCAAGAGCUGGAGAGACAGAAAGAGGAAGAAAGACUGAGAAAGGAGCAAGAAAUGGAGAGAAUAAAGAAAGAAAAGGAAAUUGAAGAGGAAAGACGAAGAAUUGAGGAAUUAGAAAGACAGAAAGAAGAAGAAAGGUUGAGAAAAGAGAGAGAAAUGGAGAGAAUAAAGAAAGAAAAAGAAAUGGAGGCAGAAAGACGAAGGAUUCAAGAGUUGGAGCGACGAAAAGAGGCAGAAAGACUGAGAAAGGAGCAAGAAAUGGAGAGAAUAAAGAAAGAAAAGGAAAUUGAUGAAGAAAGACGAAGAAUUCAGGAAUUAGAAAGACAGAAAGAAAUAGAAAGACUGAGAAAAGAGAGAGAAAUGGAAGAAGAAAGACAAAGAAUUCAAGAGUUGGAGAGACAGAAAGAAGAGGAGAGAAUGAGAAAAGAACAAGAAAUGGAAAGAAUAAGGAAAGAAAAAGAAAUGGAAGAAGAAAGACGAAGAAUUCAAGAGUUGGAGAGACAGAAAGAGGAAGAAAGACUGAGAAAAGAAAGAGAAAUGGAAGAAGAAAGACGAAGAAUUCAAGAGUUGGAGAGACAGAAAGAGGAAGAGAGAAUGAGAAAAGAACAAGAAAUGGAGAGAAUCAAGAAAGAAAAGGAAGAAGAAAUGGAGAGAUUGAGAAAAGAAAGAGAUUUGGAAGAAGAGAGGAGGCGAAUUCAAGAGUUGGAAAGACAGAAAGAGGAGGAAAGACUGAGAAAAGAAAGAGAAAUAGAGAGAAUAAUGAAAGAGAAAGAAGUGGAAGAAGAAAGGAGGAGGAUACAGGAAUUAGAAAGACAGAAAGAAAAAAGACUGAGAAAAGAAAGAGAAAUGGAAGAAGAACGACUAAGAAAAGAGAGAGAAAUGGAAGAAGAAAGACGAAGGAUUCAGGAAUUAGAAAGACAGAAGGAAGAAGAACGACUGAGGAAAGAAAGAGAAAUGGAGAGAAUAAAGAAAGAGAUGGAAGAAGAAAGGAGGAGGAUUCAGGAAAAAGAAAGACUAAGGAAAGAAAGAGAAAUGGAAGAAGAACGACUGAGAAAAGAGAGAGAAAUGGAAGAAGAAAGACGAAGGAUUCAGGAAUUAGAAAGGCAGAAGGAAGAAGAACGACUGAGGAAAGAAAGAGAAAUGGAGAGAAUAAGGAAAGAGAUGGAAGAAGAAAGGAGGAUGAUUCAGGAAAAAGAAAGACUAAGGAAAGAAAGAGAAAUGGAAGAAGAAAGACGAAGGAUUCAGGAAUUAGAAAGGCAGAAGGAAGAAGAACGACUGAGGAAAGAAAGAGAAAUGGAGAUAAUAAAGAAAGAAAAAGAAAUUGAAGAAGAAAGACAAAGAAUCAGGGUGAUUGAAAGACAGAAAGAAAAAGAAAGACUGAGGCAAGAAGGAGAAAAAUUGAUGGCGAUGGAAACGUGUAAAUCAGCAGAGCGGUCGCCAGAGGAAGUUCCUACGAGUUUUGAUUUAAUAUCGUUUGACGCUGAGGAACCAUCACCACCUGUCUCCUCCAUCUCCAUGGAUACCGAAGUAAUUUACGAUGAUUUUUCAGUGAAACCACAAAGAUGGGGAACCAGAGUGAGAGAUUCUCCAACAACGUCUCCAACCAGAGAAACCGCUGACCUCAAUCUACAGCCACAAUUAAAAUACAGUACUCCGGGAUCCCAAGAACCAGCCGGAGAUCGGGUACAUGUGGAAAACCUAAUUGGAUUUGAGCCUGAAGGAUCCAGUCCACAGAACUCGCCCUAUAUACAUAAAGAAAACAGACAUCAAUCUUUAUCUGAGGAGGAAACUGAGUGUACACCAGAGGAUCUGCUGGAGCCAGAAACUGAAUUAAAUGAGGGUCAGCUAGACUGUGAACUAGAAGAAGAUGGAGAUGCAGAUCAGGACUCAGAGAAUCUAAUUGAGGAAACAGAGGAACAAAGUGAAAACAGUGACACUGUUGACAGUCAGGGCACAGCGAGACUCAAUCAAGCCCUUCAGAGACUGAAUCAAGCCAGACGGCGAAAAACAUCCAGUGACUCAGAAACAGCAAAUACCCCAAUUCAAGAGGAGUCCGAACCACUGCCUCUUCUUGAGUCCUCAGCUCCUCCACUGGACUCCACCGUUUUACGUUCAAAGGUUGAUCUGGGAAAGAAACGAAGUAUAAAGCGCUCCAGACCGUCCCGUGCCGUCCGACAGAGAGCCGCUCUGCCUGCUCUGACCGAGGGAACAAACCCCGACUGGAGAUUCUGCGACUCCACAGAUGCCAAAGAUCAGAUUUCCAAUGGAGGGGACUCAGAAUCAGAAGAGGAACCAUCUCAGGAAGUCACAUCUACUCCGGCCCCCAGUCAGCCCAAAAGAGUGUCUGUGUUUCCCGGGAUAAACCCUUCAGCCCUGAUGGCUCAGUUGAAGCGCAGGAGUGCAGCUGUAGAUUCAGAUGCUCAAUCAGAAGCUCAAACCCCUCCGUCUGUUCCCUCUCGCUCUCCCCGAACACCCAGCAGGACCCUCGGCCCCCGAGUGCUGCCCCCUGCCGACGCAAAGGAUGCUGGGUCCGGAUCUUCUCCCUCCUGGCUGCUUGAACUCAAAUCCAAGAAGCGAAUAAGUCAACCUGAAAGUGAAGCGUGAAGCUCAUGAAGAUCAGGUCAGAUGAUGCAGUUUGCCAUUUUUUUUUCUGCCAAGGAAGAGUGUGUGACGCCACAAAGAUGCCAAAGGAACUGACUUACACAAAUGAGACGUAAUGAGCUUUCGUUCUCAUGUUGACUGAGUAUCAGACUAUUUGUUUGUUUGUUUCCUGGAGUAAAAGGUUUUCCAAAAACGAUGACACCUUUUAAUUAUUAGUAUUUUUCCAUCAAAGUCUGUCAUAUUUAUUUGGCAGCAUCAAAAUUGGCACAAGUGCUGUUUACUGCCAGUCAACGGGAUGUGUACGUUAUUUUAAUUCUGUUUACGUCUAUUAAUUUAUGCUGAUAAACCAUCUCUCGAAGUUUCUCCAGAUUCUCAAGCUUGCCUGAGAAUUAGAAAUCAGUAUAGCUUCAUGAUAAAAUGCACUUUAACUGAGUCAGAAUCACUGGAGACAUUAACAAUGCGUUUAAUUUUUAUAUUUUAUCAAAUUUUAAAUAUCGUGUUUCUGAAAGUCGCCUGAUUUUCAUUAUAAAACACUACCUGACAAAAGUCUUGUCGCCUAUCCAAGUUUUAGGAACAGCUAAUAAUAACUUGACUUCUAGUUGAUCAUUUGGUAUCAGAAGUGGCUUAUAUGAAAGACAAAGACCUCUAGAUUAUGCUUAAUUUACCAAAUUAAAAUAUGAUCAUGUCUUGAUUUAUAAUUACUUAAUUAGGACAGUAAGGUCAGACUUUGUUUAGACAAAAGUCACCACUUAACAGAAAUAAUGUCCAGUAUAGAAUAUAAAGUCAUGCUGCAGUGAAAAAAGAGUUAAUAUUGUGCAUGACUCCCAUGAGCUUGGAGGACUGCAUAAAUACAUCUCUGCAAUGACUCAAAUCACUGAUUAAUAAAGUCAUCUGGAAUGGCAAAGAAAGCGUUAAUGCAGGACUCCCAGAGUUCAUCAAGAUUCUUUGGAUUCAUCUUCAAUGCCUCCUCCUUCGUCUUACCCAGACAUGCUCAAUAAUGUUCAUGUCUGGUCACUGGGCUGGACGAGACUUUUGUCAGGUAGUGUAUAAAACGUCCUUUUUUCUUUUGAUUGUUUUAUUCGGUUUUAUUCAGCAUAUGCCAUUCAUUUAAAACCAACUUAUAAAUAUAACUGAGCGGUAAUUAGAUUUUAUUCUGGCCACUCUAUUGUUUUAUAUUUUGUCUUUAAUUAGAGCUUGUAAGCGAAGCUGAUUGUUUUGUCAUUUUUAUUAUUUUCCCAUGUCUUCAGAGUCCUGCCAAGAACACUUUUACCGACAACAAUCAGAGCUAUAAUAAUGUAUAUCAAGUCAUGUUAAUGUUCAUUUGUCAAUGUUUAUUUUUAGACUUCAGCUGUGUAAAUGCUGCUUGAGGAAAAAAGUUUACCUGUCUAUUGCUGGGAAAUGGGAGAUUUGUUUUAUAAAAAUGAAUUGCAAUCAAGGGAAAUUUUCAUUAAAUAUUUUUGUAACUGGGAA